AUGACAUUGACAUUAAAUCGCCCAAAACAACUCAAUGCCAUGAAUGCCGAAUUAUCGGAUGCGCUGGCGGAAAAUAUGCUGAAGUGCGACGCCGAUCCAUCAGUGUCUGUUGUGAUCAUCACUGGCGAGGGGAAAGCCUUUGUGGCUGGUGCUGAUAUCAAAGCAAUGGCAAUUCAGACUUUUGUCGAUUUCUACAAACACAACAUGCUCAGAGGCCUUGAAAUGGUUGCAACUGUUCGCAAGCCAGUUAUUGCUGCAGUGAACGGCGUAGCCCUCGGUGGGGGCUGCGAGUUGGCGAUGAUGUGCGACAUCAUUAUCGCCAGUGAAAAGGCCCUUUUUGGGCAACCUGAGGUCAAACUUGGGAUCAUUCCUGGUGUAGGUGGGACACAGCGACUCCCGCGGCUCAUUGGAAAGAGCAAGGCAAUGGAAUGGGUGCUUACAGGAGACCAAUACACAGCAGCGGAGGCUGAGCGCGCUGGGUUGGUUUCCCAUGUCGUAAAACAUGAAGAGCUUCUCCCAACGGCCACUGCCAUUGCGGAAAAAAUUGCUAUGAACAGUACAGUAGCGGUGUCUUUGGCGAAGGACUGCAUUAACAAGUCCCUGGGGGUAUCCUUGGCGGAGGGUUUAGCUUAUGAACAGCGUACCUUUCAAGCCACGUUUUCCACUGCGGACCAGAAAGAGGGCAUGAAAGCGUUUUUGGAGAAACGGAAACCGAAUUUUCAGAAUGCAUGA